UUUUUUAUUUCUGCCAUAAAAUCUGUGCAAUGUGUGCCAUGUCCAUAAAUGGAGGUUUGAAUUAUUUAGAGAAUGUAAUGUUUUCAUUGUUGUAUUACAUAUACUUUCACAGCCUAUUUUAACAAAGACAUGGAAUAUAAAUAAUUUGUUAGUUGUACUAACACAAUUCUAGGAGACCUUGCAGGCUAAUUAGCUGCAUAUAUAACAUUUUAACCUGUGAUAGGAUGAAACAGUAAAUUUUCUUCUUUUCAAGAGGUUCUUUUCAUAACAUAAAAGGAGGAGAAGCAAGCAGAAACUUCUAAGCUAGUGUAUUAAAGGUUCAGUGUCAAGCAUUAGUACUCAGCCUGGGCUUUUGGGGGGGUUCUUAGGGUGGGGUAAGUAUCUUAGGUGAUUUGUGCCGUUCUGUUAAACAGCAGAGUUUGGAAACUUGUUACUUGGGUUCAUUUAGAUUCUCUGAAACCUGCAACACAGCCCGUGUUUUGUCUUCUGACUGAUUUCCCAGUACCAGGUGGCUCUCAGGUUGUCAACAAGUUUCUGAGAGCUGUUGGCAGGCAGCCUGCUCUCCCAAAGAAUUUGGGACUUCUGUGUGAAGUUGUCUAAGAUUUACUUGAUCUUGAAAAGCAUUUAGCUAUCCACAUGAAUGGCCACACCUGAAUAUAUCAGAUUACAAAGGCGCUUAAAAUUUUCUCUGCAAUUGUUCAAUAUUUUGAAAAAUGUCCUUACGCAAAGGGUAUUGCUAACUAGUAACUUGUUUGCAAGCAGCUCUUUAUGUAUUUUUUGCAGCAGUCCUUUAAAGUACAGAAUGCUUAUUUUUUUCAGCUGUCUGGCCAGACUUGUGACAGAGAAGUGAAGUGACUUUCCCAGAGCCACUGGAAGAACUUAUGUCAGUGCUGGAAUGGUAUCUGUGAAAGAUACCAUUGCUUCUCUCUUAGCUCAGUUAUUUUUGUAACAAUUGCAUAUGCUAUAUACACGAUCACUAUGGAUACCUCUGUGUUAUUGCUUAUAGGGCAUCAGGAAAUCGAGCUAGCAAUGGUUUACCCAUUUGACCCAUUUCUGAAAUUUCUUGAGGUUAAAACCAAGUGUCAUAACUUCAUAAUACAAAAAGAGACAAAAGGAGGGUUAUGGAUAUUUUGAAAACUGCAUUUCUAUGCUAAUUUUCACUAGUAUUAGUUUGAACUGUGAAAUAAGCUUUUUAAAUGUUUCACUUCAUUGUUUUUCUUGGGUAAACAAGGCUUUACAAAGUAAACAAGUUAGUUUGUUAGUUAUGGUUUGUGGUUCCCAGGGUUGUUCUCCUUGGCACUACUUGCCUCCCCUGAAGGUAGGUGAGUGACUGGGGGCAGCUGGAGAGCAGCUCUGCCAGCAUCUCCCCUGUGCCAGUACAAACACAGCCUGCUCUGCAGGAGUGAGUGGUGCUGGGCUUUCUGCCCCUCUCUAGCAAAGAGGGCAGGACAGUGCAGGACAGAGGGCAGGGCUGCUCUGUGAUCAGGCAGAGCUCGCUGUGUUCAAACCCUUGAUGUGUUGUAUCCUCGCCUGUCUCUGAGUAGAGACCCUGCUUUGGGUCCCCCCCUUGUCUCCCAUCUGCACCACCUGAGAGCAGAUGAGGCUCAGCCCCAGCAUGUCACAUUCAGUGUGUGUCAGUCCAGGAGAUGGUUGUUCCCUAAAGCAAUUAAAAUCUGCAUGGAGAAGGGGCAAUUUCCUGCUGCUUUCUCAUUGGAAAACAAGUGCACUAGAUCACUAACUGAUUGUAUCGCUCCCUGCAGCUAUGAAGAGAAGGAAAAAGAUAAUCUUCUAGAGUAGUUAGAAAAAAUCAGCUGAUGUUGAUUUCUCUGUUUGGAUCACCAAGCUUUAACUGGUUUUGGUUGAGAGGUGUAUCAGUUGUUUUCCCUUUUUGGUUUUGUAUGGAAGCAGUAAUGUUUGUGUUAGAGGCUACUCAAAAUACUCAGAUUUAAAACAACCUUUAUUAAUAAACCCCAAACUUUUGAAACUGCUUACUUUCUAAACAUACAGGAAUAAAUGAUCUUAUAGUUUCUUUUCAAAUAUUAAAAUAAUUAUAAGCAUUGGACUUUUUCCCAGCAUAUACAAGCUUCCAUUUCAUUAAGUCUCUCUAGGCUCUUGUCCAUUUUUUUCUUCUAAACCACACUUGAUUUUUCUCUGGCAGCAGAUGGCCUAACCAUUCCUGAAAAUCCCAUGAGAAUAUGAGACAUAUUUGGAGAAUUCUGUUUAGCCUAAUACUUUAAUUUUUCUGAUGCCCUAGUAGUAGGACAGCUUUUUAGCCCCAUGGUCAAAUUAAAGGCAGAAAUUCUUUCCAGCCUCCCAAGAUAUGCUGAUCAAAUGUUUAAUAUUUGUACAGACAUUGCAUUGGGUUUAACACCCUUUUUGGAAGUAUUGCUUGUCCUACUGUCACUGUCAAGCUAGUUCCAAUUUUGUAUGCUUCUCUAGAAAAAGAAUGAUAUGGCACAGGCAGGGGUUAACUGUUGCUUUGGGCCUUGCCAGUGGGUGACAAAUGUGUACCCUGGCUGUUCGCAGGGGAUACAUGACAGGAACAUGGGCAAAAAAAUCUCAGUGAGUGUUUAAGUAGAGACUAAGAAUUUAGUGAUGACUGACAACAGAAUUGUUUGCUUUUCCCACCAAUGGUCAGUAUCUUGGUCUUGCUGUACAUAUUUUAAAUAUCUACUUAAGUGUAUUUUAAAAUAUUGUUUUUGACAUUUCUCAUGAGGGAGGAAAAAAAGAAGAGGGAGUCUUCACAGAGCCGAGUUGUUCUCAGAAUAAUGGCAGUGCAGAAGUAUGGGAAAAAUAACAAGUAACAACCUUAUGUUUCACAGUGCCCUUCUUUACAUCCAACCCCUGCUCUUAAUCCCAGCUUGAUGCAUCUAAUUUGCUUGGCACCUUUCCUUUGCCUGGGAGGCCAAACAAGAGCUACCUGCACAGAUGACACCAGGGUUGUUUCUUGGCCAACUGGCAGAGGACCACUGUGAUGGAGCAGCUGACUGCAUCCUCUGGUCUCCCACCCCCUCUCCCUAGACUAAAUAUGUCAUUUUUUUAACACCUGCUGCCUCAGCCAAAUUUAAUGACCGUGUUUGUGUUGGCAGUUUUACAUGUUUGAAAAAAUACCAUCCAUUUUGUGUGGCACUGAAGAGCUGAGGAUUUAUAUUUCCUGUGUCUGAAUUUGUUUUGCUCUAAAAUGGAAUACCUGAGCUUUACCCUUCUGAGAUUUGUGUUGUCAUCUUCUUAAAGGUCAUACUCACUUUGUACACAAUGAAGUCAAAGUUCCUCUUCCUUUUUGAAGGUGUCCCCAAGCUUCAGGAGGCAGCGGUUCUUCACCUGCAGUUAUCCAGGCUUUAGGCGAACAUCUUAAAUUAAGACAACAAGUUAUUGCCACUGCUACAGUCUACUUCAAGAGAUUCUAUGCCAGAUAUUCCCUAAAAAGUAUAGAUCCAGUAUUAAUGGCUCCUACGUGUGUGUUUUUGGCAUCCAAAGUAGAGGAAUUUGGUGUUGUUUCAAAUACAAGAUUGAUUUCUGCUGCUACUUCUGUAUUGAAAACUAGGUUUUCAUAUGCCUUUCCAAAGGAGUUUCCUUAUAGGAUGAACCAUAUACUAGAAUGUGAAUUCUAUCUCUUAGAAUUAAUGGACUGCUGUUUGAUAGUAUAUCAUCCUUAUAGACCUUUGCUCCAAUAUGUGCAAGAUAUGGGCCAAGAAGACAUGCUGCUACCUCUCGCAUGGAGGAUAGUGAAUGACACAUAUAGAACUGAUCUUUGUCUGCUGUACCCUCCUUUCAUGAUAGCUCUAGCUUGCCUACAUGUGGCCUGUGUUGUCCAGCAGAAGGAUGCAAGGCAAUGGUUUGCUGAGCUGUCUGUUGAUAUGGAAAAGAUUUUAGAAAUAAUCAGGGUUAUUCUGAAGCUGUAUGAGCAGUGGAAGAACUUUGAUGAGAGAAAAGAGAUGGCUACUAUUCUUAGUAAAAUGCCUAAACCAAAACCACCUCCAAACAGUGAAGGAGAACAGGGUCCAAAUGGUAGCCAGAACUCUAGUUAUAGCCAAUCUUAAGGCAUUCCAAAGAAUUUCUUUAUGGACCACUUUGACUCAAGACAUCCUGGGAUAUUUCCUGUGUUCAUGAAAUGGACAGAAGGUUUUAGUAACAUCUUUGACAAAGAACUCGAAGAAUAAAUAGCUUGUUUGUGUCAAGCAUUUUGAAAGCUUUUUCUCUAAAACUACAUCAUUUUCUCUGACGCUGGAACAAAUGUGCUAAGAUUUUUCAGUGUAAGGAAUCACACUUUAAACCAAGCUGCAAAAGAUAAUGUUUUUCACUCAAAACAAAUAGUCCAUUAUUGGUUUUAUUUGUGUUGAAGUGAACUAUUCUUAGAGCGACAGUAACCUGAGGCCCAAGUGUAACUGUAUUAAUGACUUGUGUUGUCUUCAUUUUGUUUGUAACUGAAGGAAGAUAGUGCACUCUAUGUUGAAUCUAUCCAUUACCUUCAGUUUUGUUGAUUAAAAAAAA